AUGCCGUUUCCUGGACGACGCCGCGAGGAGGAGGCGUUCCAGCUCUUGUGCAGGAUGGAUUUGGAAGGUGUGAAGCCAGACAGAGUCACAUUCGUCGCGAUCGUGAAUGCCUGCUCUGAUUCCUUGAGUAGCGUCCGGGAAAUCCACUCCAGGAUUGUUGGAUCGGGCUUUUCAUCCUUCUUGGAGAUCAAGAACGCUUCUCGAGAAGAUCGAUCUGGCCUCCUGGAGACCACUGCAUUGGGAAUAUUUCGCAGCGGCCAGCACAGGGACGUGAUCUCGUGGAGCUCCAUGAUAGAAUCGUGCGCCCACCACGGCCGCGGCGAAGAAUCCCUCGCUCUCUUCCGCCGGAUGCAGCAAGAAGGCGUCGAUUCAAACGCUAUCACCUUCUUGAGCAUUCUCUCUGCGCGCCGGCAAUCUGGAUUCCUGGACGGAGGAGGCGCUGGGUUGCGUGGGAGCGAUGGAGGCGUCCUGGGCAAGAAGGCCGCCGCGCUUGCGCCGUGGAUCUUCUUGGAAGAGCUGGGCGGUUGA